GCAUGCUUUAGUACUACUUUUAUGGAAAAUCAAAAAUUGUUUCAGAUCUUAAUAUUCUAGUGCAAAUAAAUCAAGCUACAUGUGUUGCUGCUAUUGAUGUUUCUUUGUACAAAAGGGUUCAUCAUGGAUUUAUUUUCUUGGUUCUUUGUUUCCAUUUUCUUUCAUUUCUUGUGCUUUGGUUCAGCUCAAGGACAAAACACAUCCUACUCAAUCUGCACUAAGGAAUUUCAGUGUGGAAACUUAAGCAAUUUGAGCUUUCCUUUCUAUAAUUCCACUCAAACAAAUUGUGGAUUGCGCAAAGUGAAUUGUGAAGUUAGUCCAAAUGCCACAAUUGAAUUAGAAGGGGUGAAAUAUCAAGCUCUUUGGAAACAAGACUUUUCUAUCGGACUUACGGACCCUAUUCUUGAAAAGUUGUUGAAGAACAAAAGCUGCACAACUUUCGAUAGAAAUCUGUCUCUCCCAAUUUCUUCUUCAAUCACACAUAAAUGCAACGGUAUCCUGAAGAGUGCACAUGAAGAAUUUUUCUCUUUCCCAAGUUAUCAAAACUACAGUGGCUGCAAAGUUUCAUAUUAUACUAUAACACCUCAGUCUAUCAUUAUCCAGGAUUCCAGUUUCCUAGUAGCUGUUCACAUAUUCAGUUACCCUUGGAUUCAAAUUCAGAAGCAAAAUCAAAUGAUAGUGUCUUAUUUGAUCUGUUAACUGAUGAAGUUAUACUAGGAUGGACCGUGUCUGAUGCAUGUAAUCAAUGUUAUUAUACAGGAGGCAGGUGUCAAACUGAUAAUAGUACUAACAACUUUCUUCGUUAUAAUAAAAUCAACAAAGGAACAUCGAGAAAGCUUCUUCGAACAAGCUGGUUGGUCGUAGCCGCAGGCACUUUUUCUCUGAAAUCUGUGACUGACCUAAAAAAUUCUCAGUUGCUUUUUCCCUUUUGCUAUUCAAGAUUUUCUUUUGCAAAUACUAUAGUAGUUGUAUUGUCCCGAAAACAGACUCUUCCCAGUGCAUGACUUCAUUUUUUUUUUGCACAUCUGUAGUUUUCUCUUGCCCUGGGAUCUUGAUUUUGCUUUUCUGCUUUAGUAAAAAGAUUUUCUGGUACAAAUGCCUCAUGUUUUGGGAAUCUAAAGCUGAAGAUCACCGAAAUAUUGAAGCAUUUCUGAAGAACUAUGGGUCAUAUGUUCCAAAAAGAUACAACUAUAUAGAUAUCAAACGAAUCACCAGUCGCUUAAAAAACAAACUAGGCCAAGGAGGAUAUGGUAAUGUAUACAGGGGAAGUUUGCGUAACGGGAGUCAAGUGGCAGUAAAGGUCCUGAAUGAACUAAAAGGCAGUGGUGAAGAUUUCAUUAAUGAGGUGGCAAGUAUUAGCAGGACAUCGCAUGUUAACAUAGUGAACCUUGUGGGAUUUUGUUUUGAGGGACGCCAAAAAGCUCUUGUAUAUGAAUUCAUGCCAAAUGGAUCUCUUGAAAAGUUUAUCUAUGAGGAAAGAUCUGACACAAUUCGCCAAUUGGCUUGGCCAAUACUUUACAAAAUUGCACUUGGCAUUGCUCGAGGAUUGGAGUACUUGCACCGUGGUUGUAACACAAGGAUUUUGCAUUUUGAUAUAAAGCCUCAUAAUAUCCUACUUGACGACAAUUUCUGUCCUAAGAUUUCUGAUUUUGGUCUUGCCAAACUGUGCAUGAAACAGGAGAGUACUGUGUCAAUGUUAGGUCCACGAGGGACUAUUGGCUAUAUUGCCCCCAAAAUUGUUUGCCGAAACUUGGGAGGUGUCUCUCACAAGUCCGACGUCUAUAGCUACGGAAUGAUGGUUCUAGAGAUGGUUGGAGGAAGAAAAAAUAUUGAAUGCACUGUUCUUCAAAUUCUAGAUGAAGAUUUGUCCUUACUUUUGGGUAUGGGCUACAAAGAACGAGAUGCCAAAAGAGUGUUGCACACGAACAAUCAAGUAGUAGAAAGUGCUGUUGAUUUUCAGAGAUAA